AUGAACAAAUUCUCAGCAUUUCUUUCCAUAAUUCUUGCCAUCUUCGUCCUUGAUGUUCCUUCUAUCAAGGGCCGUGAUCCUCUCAACUUCAAUUUGCUAGGCGUUUCUUCAAAAUCCUACAAAAACUUCAUCGAAAAGCAACUGAGGCCAGCUCUUCCAUCCAAUGAACAAGUGUACAGCAUACCAGUGUUGCUCCCCACCAUAGCUGACAAAGACCGCUUCCUACUCAUCAAUCUCGCCAACUACGACAGCGAAACCAUCACGGUGGCUGUAGACGUAUUGAACGUUCCCCGCCAUGUAGACCUCGAUUAUUCCAGCAACUACAAGGAUCUUGAAGGCGCUGCACAUGCAUCAAAAGAGGAGAUUCCUCUUGGAUUUCCUGCCCUUGACGCUGCCAUUACAAACAUGAUAUCUUAUAACAAUUAUAGAGCUGUGGCGAAGGCGUUUAUCGUAAUUAUCCAGACAUUCGCCGAGGCUGCAAGAUUUCAGUCUAUUAUGGCAGAAAUUGCUGGUAUUGCUGCUGAUGGUUCGGCUAAGCCAAGUGCAUCAAUGUUGAGUUUGGAAACUCAAUGGUCUGCUCUCUCCAAAAAUAUUCAGUAUGCAAAGACUAAUGAUGGACAGUUUCAAACACCUGUUGAGAUUAUAGACGGUAAAAAUAACAAAGUCAAAAUAACCAAUGUUACCUCGAAAGUUGUGACUUCCAACGUCAAAUUGCUGCUGAACAAUCGAGAUAAAGCCAUGGUGAUGCCAUCCAAUUGUGGCUACACAAUGGGAAGAAAGUGGAUGGUUGAUGAUGGAUGUGAAAAUCAUGGAUGGUUGAUAAUGUAA